AUGUGUUAUUUAAAUGACUUUGGCUCAGUAAUUGGGCCCUGGGGUGUGAAGUUGGAGGCACUGAAUGAUGAUCUCGCAAUCCAACCUGCACGUCCCCGCAACUGCGUGGGGAUCGACGCACCAGUUGAGAUGUAUACAUUGAAUCAGCGCGCUACAAACGGCAACCCUGUCCCAACAGAAAUCAUAUUCCUUCGAGAAGACGAUAAGAUCUACUGGACCAAAACAGGUGGCAACCUGACUCUACGCUACAAUCCGUCUGAGGUUCAAGUCAACAGCUCCGAGACAGGCCAGGCCGAGAUACCCCUGUCUGAAGAGCUAGAUGAAACGCAUGUCCUUCCCAGCCGCGAAGAUUCUCGAGCCGAAUCGGAAGAGACCGAAGAUGAAGAUCUCGACCAGACGAUUACGGCAGCUGCCAUCUCGCGUGCGACCCCGCACCCCUCUGCAGCACGUUCAGAGGUCGUUCAGGAGACUCCGACUGCUAAUCGUGUCACACAGGCCGCGGAGUGGGCUUCUAAGGCGGCCAAAAAUGUCGUUACUUCUGACACGGUAGAGAACACGCCUCCAGAGGGCUCCUCUGGUAUGGAGAUAUAUUCCACCGCCCCUCCAAAACUAAAUGCUGGAAUUCCAACAGGCCCCAAUCGUGAACAGCUCGGUCAGGUUGGACACGAUACAGUUUCUGUCCGCAAUAAGUUGAAGACAGAGGGCAAGACGGAGUCUGAGCAAGGGUGUCCAGCUGCAAAUGAACCGCAGCGACGUGGUCGCCGAACGCUUCAAUCUGUCAGCAUCUCCAAGUCGAAAUCGGGAAAGAAACGACCAAGCCUCUCUCCAGUCUCCGACAGAGAGUCCGUUAGCUCAACACCAACUCACCCCAGGAAGCGAGCGAAGAAAAUCAAUGAAGACAGCCAGGAGGCAAUGCCCGCGACCACAAUGGCUGGCUCCCAACAUGAGGAUGCAGAGGAUGGUACAUAUAAAGGGACGAAACCGAGAGUCGCUUUUAGCAACUCUAGCAUUGAGGAAACAAGCCAAUUCUUCAAAUUCUUCAAGCGACAGGGCGGUAUCAAAGUUGAGUCGGUCAAGGACGGGAACUGCAACAUCCUUUGCGUACGCCCCGGCACCCUUAACAAGACCAUGAAACUUCUCCAAUGCAUCGCUCUCGGCAUCCCCAUCGUAACCGACAAAUGGCUCCAGGACAGCGCUGAGAAGACACACUUCCUCGACAUAAAGCCCUACAUCCCUUCGAUCCCGACCCUCGAAAAAGAGCUUAAAUUCUCACUUGCGGCUGUCUGGUCAACCCCCCAAUCCGAUCUCCUCGCUGGGAAGGUUGUCUACUUUACACCAGCCCUGAAGCAGGUGUACAACAAAUGGAGAGACGUCGAGGAGCUAUGCAAGGCCAUCGGAGCUCGACGAGUGAUGUCGAAGCCCGGCAAGGAGGUCAGAGAUGGUUCGGAUAUAGUGACUCUUGCGCUAGGAGAAGACGACCCAGAUCUAGCCGUAUUGAUCGAAAAGGGGUACACGUGCUAUUCAAAAGACCUUCUUACGGUCGGCAUUCUUCGCGGGGAUAUUGAUCUCGAGAGUGGAGAGUUUAAGAUCAAGCCUGAUGCCGGCAAGCCGAAAAAGAAAGGCCGUGGAAGGAAGAGCUAG